AAGGUUGAGGGGUCCACUACUUGAAAUGAAAUAGAACAAACAAACAAGCUAAGAUGACAGUUUCUACGAAAACUGUCUUUUAGCUACUUUUAGAACUCAAAAACAUUAUUUGGAGAGAGAAACAACGUCUAUUACUACAAGUACAACUCUGUCAUAUUGAGACAACGUGAGAGUCGGUCUAGGAACAAAAUAAGGAGGGUAGACUAGUAGAGCGAGGAUUUGGCAGAUAAAUGAGUGAUUGAAUAUUAUGAUUCAUGGUUACUCUAGAUUGAAUUUUCAGAAAAUAUAGCCUUUUUCUUUUCCAUCUUUUCUUUUGGGAUUCAGUUACUUCCUAUAAAUCUCAAACCAGCAACUUCAAGUCAGAAAAAUCCGUGAUCUUUAAGAUUCCUUCUCUCUCAUCAUCUUCGUGGUCUUUGCUGAAUAUUUGGCUUGCCUUCUCGGUUUGUUCCACAAAUUUUUAGGCAAUCUUCAAGUACACGUUGAUUUGGCUUUCAGAUCACAGUGAUGGGAUUUAGUUAUCAAUUAUCAAACACUUUGUUCUCUCUCUCUCUCUGGAAUCUUGAUAUUGGGUAUCUUGGUUUUGCUUAAAAAUUUAGUCUUGGAGACAGUGAUGGUGCAAGAUUGAAACUUUGGGAGACUGGUUUUUGUCAUAUACUUUAGAUUAGAUAGAUUUGGAUUAAAUGGAAGAUGAUGCAACAAUGCCUCAGGAAGAUCAGAGAAACAGUGAAGGUAUAGGCAUGGGGAGCCUUGGUAGAUCUUCUAAGAAGUCAAAGCAGAAAAAGGUGCCACAAAGGGGACUUGGUGUGGCACAACUUGAAAAGAUAAGACUAGAAGAACAACAAAAGGGAGAUGAACCUCCAAUUUCACCAUCUCAAACUGCUUUACCAUCAACCAAACCAUCAUAUCUGCCUCUCCCACUUAAGAAUUUUCAUGACUCCAACCAAUCACCUUCCACAUCUCUUUUAACUUGUGAGCCAACAUCAGAAUUUAGGUCCCGUUUGUCAUUGCAACAGCAACAGCAGCAGCAGCAGCAGCAGCAGCAGCAACCACCCAUUAAUGAUAAAGUUCCUAGCAAUGUUCCAUUGACAAACAGUGGUGGCUUUGGAACUGGUUGGCCCGUUGUUCCUGGACACGAGAAUGUUCCCAAGUGGUGGAGUUCCUAUCAAUAUGAUUCUGAGAAGAACAAAUUUGGAGUGGAUGACUCAGGAUUGCCAAUUCUGCUAAGUUUGCCUUUUGAAUCCAACUCCAUUUGGCCUAUGCCCAAUUUGGCUCAGAGAACACCACAAUAUCAACACCAAUCUUCUUCAUCAGUGGUGAAUGUCUCAUCAGGAACUUCAUCAACACCCAUGCCUCAUUUCUCAAUAGAGCCCCCUUCAAACCAAAGCAAUAAUAAUGACAGUAGUGUGCCUGUGAGACCAACUGAUAAGACAGUUGGAACAAAAAGGCCAUACCCUUUCUCCUUGAAUUUUCCCCAUGCCCCUGCUUUCAAUUAUAAUAUGCCACCCUUUGCUGAAACAAGAACAAAUGUAAAAACUUCGUGUGGAAACGGUAGCGAAUUUAACUUUGAGGCUGGCAAUUCAACUUCCAGAGAAGUCACACUCGCUUCAGCAUCCAACUCUAAGCCAAACUCAAAGAAAAGAAGUGAAGAGAAUGAGAGUUUCAAUGGAGACUUUCUCACAUUGGCUCCUCCAUCUCCUACUUCUUAUCAACCUCCAAAGUCCACGCCAUCUUCAACUCUCGUAGCAUGUCAAAACCAGGGAAAUGUAGAAGAACAAAUCCCUGCUCCGCCAGUGUACAGGCUGUUCAAUCAACAAAAGCAACCACUGUAUGGCUUCUUCCAUCCAGAACCAAAGGAGGAACAGAUUGGACAUACAGCAGCCAGGAUUCAGAAUGGUCAUGAAGUGGGAGAAAAUGUUGAUCUUAAUUUGAAACUAUGAAUUGAAGUUCUUGGCUUGUUGUUCCUCACCUAGUUUUGUUUUACUAGUGGUAGAUACUCCUGAAUGUGCACAUGUAGGGAUGAGUAUGAAAGGGACUCGAAAUUUUGGCCAUGUGAGAAGUAAGAGUGGAAAAAGAGAACAACAGAUGUUGAUUUGUUUGUUUUGAGUAGCAAUAUCUAAGGGCUUUUGAUGAAGCCAAACUCUAGUAGCAUGCCUUUGGGAACUGAGGCUAUGCAUUUGUUUGUUUUUCUUUUUUCUUAGUGAUUCCUUUCUUGCUUGCU